AUGAACGACGAAACCAAAGAGAAGGUGCACAACGACGUCUGCACGACAACCAACAAAGCUGCAUUGGAGAAUCUUGGCAUGACUCCUAUUACCGAGACAGCAUUGGAAAUGGGUCUACCCAACGAAAAAGCAGCUCAAGAAACCUCCAAGAGCAAUUUUGGCGCUAGUGCUACUACGGAUACAGGUACCGGUAGCACCAUGAAACUUUCUGGUGCAACGAAUAGAAUUGGUACCGGCGUUGCUUCAAUGCGCAGACCGGAAGAAUCCGAGGAAGGCAAGCCUGCCAAACAAACCGCCAGAGGCCCUACUAGCGUCACCAACAAUGUGGCCUUGGGCAGCAAAAAAGCUGAAGCUAAGUCUUCCCAAUGGACACGAACAGAGAACGCCGGAAACAGUUGUGAUGGAAGCCACGCUGAUUCUGCUUUGACUGCCCUUACUGGCAUGGCCGCCAGGUUUGAUGACACCCGAGGCAGUGGUCAACUAUCCUUCUUUCCCAAAGAAAUUCAUGCACAAUCGAAAGGACUAUUGGCAGAAAACCAAACAGAAGACGCAAAAGUGCAAUCAAAUCACAAUGCGAAAGAGAACGUCAUUGAUUCUACAUUUUCAGCUCUUUCUGCUGCGGCAGCUAGGCUCGAUGGCACUCAUGAAUGCAGUGGCCAUCUUUCAUUUUUUCGCAAGAAAUCAGCUGUUCAACAACCCAGUGAGACUAUUCCAAUCAUGGGAGAAACAGCCAGCAGCAGAAUGCAAGAUCUCCAUCAAAUGCAGCAACCUGGGGAAGCCACUGCGACCUGCAACCGUUUAUUGGCAACCCAACCGCCACCCCAGCCUGGAGCAUACAGGAAUACUCCUGGAGAAUCCUUGCAGCACGUACAGUGUCUCAACUAUGACCUACUGAGAGCUGCCGUUGACCAUCCUCCUUCUGCUGCCACAUUUUUGACACCCACGCAACCAGACGUUGGCCAAGUGCAUAAUCCAACCCCACCUCAACCCUCUGCUGAUGCAGACAAUGAGCUGGCUGUGGCAAACUUGGUUGCUGAAGAGUCGGUGGAACAAGUCAGACAAUCGGCCACCCCAUUUGUAGAUCAGCUUCGGCAGAGAGAGCAGAAGAAGAAGAGGCUGAGAGAGUUGCUUAUUCUGCUCAUGCUGAUACUGCUCAUUGGGGGAGCUAUUGCUGUUGGCACAGUCAUCGGAACCCAGAAACAAAAAGCACUGUUGGUAUCGGUCAAUUCCCCAACAGCUACACCUACUAUCUAUAGAUCCAUGGAACCUUCUGGGGUACCAUCAUCUUCCCCAACUGGAGUUCUGGACUUGCUACUGCAUGGUUUGCCCAAUUACUCAGUGGCUAGCAUCAACAAUGGCAGCAAAACUCCUCAGUGGAAAGCAUGGCAAUGGUUGGCCAAUCAUGAAAACGUUUCCAAGCUGUCAGAGUGGAGGAAGGAGCAGUUGUUUCCUCUAGCCACAUUUUUCUAUGCAUUUGAAGGAGAAGGGUGGCCAACAUAUGUUCAAGAGAGGUGGAUGGAUGAUGCAAAGGAGGAGUGUGAUUGGUUCUCCAGUGGAUUUGGCUUCUUUAAUUCAGAUGGGAGUUAUGUGGAAUGGCCGGAUCAAGUGGGGCCCUGCAACUCCCAGGAACAAUUUACUUCUCUUUACAUUGAAGAGCUGCAGCUAUCUGAUCAUUUGCCAUUUGUUCCAAAUGAGAUUAUCAUGCUAACCUCCUUGGUGCAACUUCGGUUGGGUCUGAAUCAGAUUGGUAUCCCAGUUUCAUCCCUGUUGCCAAAACUGUUCUACAAGAUGACUGCCUUGACCUAUUUGGCACUUGGAAAGAAUGAAUUGACCGGCCAACUUCCUUCAUUACUUGGACAGUUGGCUGCUUUGGAAUUCUUGGAGUUGAAUAAGAAUCAGUUCACUGGCCAAAUCCCCUGUGGACUGGAAGUGUUGACUGCUUUGAAACGAUUAGAUUUGGGUGGGAAUCACUUGACAGGCCCAAUCUCUUCCAAGCUUGGACACCUGACUGCUCUGGGGGAGUUGUCCUUGAAUGGCAACCAGUUCACUGGCCUGAUUCCUACAGAGCUUGAAUCUCUGACUGGUUUGUGGUCAUUACAGCUUGAUAGGAAUGAGUUGACAAGUGAACUUCCAUCUGAGCUUGGGAGUCUGAUUUCUUUGAAAUACUUGGAAGUUGGUGAAAAUAUGCUGACUGGGCCAAUUCCUUCAGAGCUUGGACAGCUUUUUGCAUUGAAAGUCUUGGAGUUACAUGAGAAUCAAGUGAGUGGGAAAAUGACAUCAGAGCUUGGACAGUUGACUGGUUUGAAAUGGUGUUGGUUGCAUAGAAAUCUUAUUUCGGGCAACAUCACUACUGAGCUUGGACAACUGACUCGUUUAAGAGAAUUGAAGUUGGGUGAGAAUCAGCUGUCCCACCAAAUCCCAUCAGAACUCGGACAGCUGGCAGCUUUGAAAUGUUUGCAGUUGCACGACAAUGAGUUGACUGGCCAGAUACCUUCUGAUCUAGGGAAACUUGCUGAGUUGGUGCAGUUGCGAUUGGAUGGAAACCAGUUGGUUGGCCAAAUUCCUUCCAUGUUUGGAGAACUGGAAAGUGUAACUGAGUUGCACUUGGAUGGAAAUCAGUUGACUGGCAAACUUCCCUAUGAGCUCCAGGACCUGAGUGCCUUGGGUUUUCUGAAUGUAUCAGGCAACUUUGGCUUGUCUGGCUCUAUACCGGAUAAGUUAUGCUUUUUGCAGGAUGCAUCUUGUACAUACUAUGGCCCUGAGUGGGAAAUCAGGCCCUGCUUUCUUGGUUUUGAUUGUACCUCAAGGCUGUGUGGUUGUGAUUGUGCCUGUUCCUAUGCUUGA